AUGACCCAAUCCAGACCCCAAAUCACCGUCGGCGUCCUCGCGCUCCAAGGCGCCUUCAGCGAGCACCUCCAGCUCCUCCAGCAAGCCGCCGCCGCACUAGCGGCAAACCGCGUCGCCGGCCCAGCAUGGCGCUUCACCGAGGUGCGCACGCCGGCCGAGCUGGACCGGUGCGACGCCCUGAUCAUACCGGGCGGUGAGAGCACGACCAUGUCGCUCGUGGCGUCGCGCUCCGGGAUGCUGGAGCCUUUGCGCGAUUUCGUCAAGGCACAUAGAAAACCCACCUGGGGCACCUGCGCAGGUCUGAUCCUCCUCGCCGAGUCCGCGAACAAGACCAAGAAGGGCGGGCAGGAGCUCAUCGGCGGGCUCGACGUGCGGGUCGAGCGGAAUCAUUUUGGCAGGCAGGUCGAGAGCUUCACGGCGGAGCUGGACCUGCCGUUCCUGGCUGCGACAGAGGCCGUGGAGACGAAGACGGAUAAGCGGCCGUUCAGAAGCGUGUUUAUCCGCGCGCCGGUCGUCGAGAAGAUACUGCCGCAUACGGCGGGGAUGCAGGUAGUGGAAGCGGCGAAGGACGGGACGAUCGUCGCGCCGUCGCGGAUGCCGACGGAUGAGGUUGCGCGGAGGGAGUUUGAUAAGGAGGUUGAGAUUAUGGCGAGGUUGCCGGGACGGGCGAAGGCGUGGUCGAAAUUUAGUGAUGCUACUGCGCGGGAGAUUGGAGAGGAGGGGGAUAUUAUUGCGGUAAGACAGGGGAACGUCUUCGGGACGAGCUUCCAUCCGGAGCUGACGGGAGAUGAGAGGAUCCAUGUCUGGUGGUUGGAACAGGUUUUGGCUGCCAUCAGCCGCAGAGAAGAAUUGCUACAGUGA